UUACGUGUUCAGUGACGUCAGCUUACGUCGCUGCUCGCUACGUCGUUCAGACCAGAGCUAUCGAUCCAGAGCUGCACCUGUUUGAACUCCUUCACCACCUCCUCUGCUUUGGAACUGUUAUGUUGAAAUAGCUCGUGCUUAAUCUCUCUUUCACCAUGGCAACCUCUGUGAAGCUCAAUACCGGGGCAGAUAUGCCCAUCGUCGGACUGGGCACGUGGAAGUCUCCUCCAGGUAAAGUGGCAGAGGCUGUUAAGGCAGCCAUCGCUGCGGGGUACAGACACAUCGAUGGUGCCGCGGUGUACAACAAUGAAACGGAGGUCGGAGAGGGAAUCCAGGCCAUGAUCAAAGAUGGUGUGGUUAAAAGAGAAGAACUCUUUGUGGUCAGCAAGCUCUGGUGCACCUUUCACGAGAAGGCCUUAGUGAAAGGAGCUUGUCAGAAGACUUUAAGUGACCUGAAGCUGGACUACCUUGAUCUUUACCUGGUUCACUGGCCAAUGGGCUUUAAACCUGGGCCUGAUCAGUUCCCAUUGGACAGUGAAGGGUUAGCCAUCGGUGAUGACACCAAUUUCUUGGACACCUGGGAGGCCAUGGAAGAGUUAGUGGAUGCUGGGUUGGUCAAGUCCAUUGGCAUCUCCAACUUUAAUCGAGAACAAAUCGAAGCCAUCCUGAAUAAACCAGGACUCAAGUACAAACCUGCCAACAAUCAGAUUGAGUGCCACCCCUAUCUGACUCAGGAGAAGCUGAUUAGCUACUGUCAGACCAAAGGCAUUACAGUCACUGCAUACAGUCCUCUGGGUUCUCCAGACAGACCUUGGGCUAAACCUGAAGAUCCCUCACUGCUUGAUGACCCAAACAUCAAGGCCAUUGCAGAGAAGCACAAAAAGACUUCUGCCCAGGUCCUCAUCCGCUUCCACAUUCAGAGGAAUGUGAUCGUCAUCCCUAAGUCCGUCACACCUCAGCGUAUUCAAGAGAACUUUCAAGUCUUUGAUUUUGAAUUGAGUGAGGAGGACAUGAAGACCAUUUUGGGCUUCAACAAGGACUUCAGGGCUUGUCCAAUGCAUUGGGGUUUGAAGCACAAGGACUACCCGUUUAAUACUGAGUAUUAAAAAGAAGACAUCUCGAAAAAUGCUUGUUCCCAGAAUUGUUGUUUUUGGCAUUGAUCAAAGUGAAAAUGCUCUUCAUUUUUAAGUUAUGAAUCAGUUACUGAGAAACGUCCUGCAACUGAUAUGUGACUUGCUGGUUUUGAAUUUAAAGCAAGUCUUAUUACAGCAGCAGCUAAAAUUCUAAUUAAUCUUCUUUUUUUUUUUGCCCAUAAACAUGGAAGUAUUUGUUAAUUCUUUGACCGUUUCAAGCUGUUACUUCUUCGGUGCAAAUGUGAAAAGGCUUGCAUUAAAUGUGACAAAACAACACAAUUAAUCAUAAAAAGUCUUUGAGAAACAUAUGCACUAGUAACAUUUUAUUUGAACAAUGUCACAUACUUUGCACAGUUAGGCAAAUAACAUGAGAAAUUGUUGGUCCUGACACACACACACAAACUCCUUAUUUUCAUAAUAUAAGAACAGAAGCACUUCCAGUUCGCAAGAGCAGCUCAUGUUUAGUAUUUUGAUGUAUGCUUUAAAAAUCAAAAUAAAGCUAUGUGUCAAACAGC